AUGUCAUCAACAUCAGCUACACUUGUCUCCACUGGCACAACUAAGCCCAUGGCACCAAUGACCACCACCACGACAUCAACGAUUCAAAAGCCCUCGGCGGUGCUUGGUUUCAUUGCUGGUGGCUUGGCAGCCUGUGGGGCAGUGACACUCACCAACCCCGCAGAGGUCAUCAAGACACGCCUGCAGCUCCAGGGCGAGCUAGCAAGGCAGGUCCCAGGAAGCCAACGAAUCUACACCAACUUUGGACAAGCUAUGGUUCACAUUCUUCGCUACGAAGGCGUUCGCGGGAUCCAGCGAGGACUAGGAUGCGCCUACAUGUAUCAGCUCCUCAUGAAUGGAACUCGUCUCGGACUCUACGAUCCUAUCAAGCACCAAAUCCACCAUCUCCUCAAGACAGAUCCAGCAAAGCCUAGCUACCCUGUCAACAUUGUCGCAGGAGGAACAGGAGGCGUCCUGUCGGCCCUCUUAGCGUCGCCUCUGUUCUUGGUCAAGACUCGGCUACAGUCGUAUACCAGCCAUGAACCCUCCAGGGUGGGACACCAGCAUUACUAUCGACACACAUUCCACGCUCUCGGAUCUAUUUACAAGUCUGAGGGAUUCAGGGGUCUUUACCGAGGCGUGGAUGCCUCUAUGCUCAGGACUGGUAUGGGAUCAUCCGUUCAGUUACCACUGUAUGACUUUGUGAAACAGCAACUGAUCCAGGUCGGCAAGUUGGAGAACGGAUCACUAUGUCACGGAUUGAGUAGCUUGAUCUCAGGGUUCUUUGUAUGUACGGUCAUGAACCCCUUUGAUAUUAUUUCGACUCGAAUGUUCAACCAGGCGACCGAUCCAAUUACAGGAAAGGGCAGUCUGUACAGGAACCCGCUUGAUUGUUUCCUCAAAACUGUCAGGACCGAAGGUGUCACCGCCCUCUACAAAGGAUUCACCGCGCACUACCUGCGCAUCGGGUAUGUUUGCUCUUUUUUUUUUUUUGGUCCAUUACUGAGAGAGGUCCAAGAUCUUAACAACUAA